GGAGAAAUAGUGAUAGCAGAGAGGAUUCGCCCAAAGCACUGGUCACUGCUGGACGGUGUGUGCAUGUCUUCAGUGCCUUCAUGGCGUUUGUCCCAUGCCCAGUGUGUGCUGGACACUAGGUUGAUGUUUUUUUGCACUGAAUUGAGUUCACAGGGCCCCUCAGGGAGCUCAGUGUUUAGGUCCCAAGGAGAGAGGUACUCACCGGGUCCACAGGAGGGCUCCUCUCUGAUGCUGCCAGGACAGGAGGAGGGAGACAGAGUCAGCAGUGAAAAGAGGCUGAAGUUCACCCCCAAAUCUUCCCAGAAAGAUAUGGGGUGGGGGGCUGGGGAAAAGGGAACUGGAGAAUGGAGAAUAGUAAUAGUCCCUGUGUCCUGUGAGGAGCCCACAAGAGGUUAGUGAUCACUUCUUUAUUAGCAUUGUUCUUCAUUUACUACUGGUCUAAGUGUUACGCAUGCACUAAUUCAUUGAAUGCUAACAACUCAGAGGCAGGCAAAUUACUUAAAGUGAUGAAUUAGUAGUGGGGGAGCCAGAAUUUGAACCCGGGACUUAGGCCUGUGAUGUUACCCACUGAGGCACAUGUUUCUCUAACCUAUGUUAUUACAUAUGCUUUAGUUUCUUACCAGGAUCUUCUCACCACACUAGAGAGAAGAGGAUCUUCUUUCCGUGUUUUAUGUGGGAAAACAGAGAUGUGUAGUGACUUGUCCAGGGUCACAAAGCUACUGAGUUGCUGAGCUGGAACGACAACUUGCAUCUCUCUACCCACAAGCUUAAUGGUUUCCCAAUUCAUUAGUGACCUAGACCAGAAAGACCAGCUAGACAUGGGGAGGUAACAUGUCACAGUAUCUCCAGAGAGGGUUUUAUACGUUUAAGAAAGUUAGAGCUGGUAGCUUAGGAAAAGCAGGAAGAGGAUGAGGGUGGCGGGUGCUGCCUGGCUCCCACGGCUGCCCUUGGGUUGAGGCUGGGAGACACAGAAUGAAACAGAAGCAGGCACCGAGAGCUGGAAAACCACAGGAGCCAGGGCAGAGGGACUCCUCCAGGACCUGCUGUGGAGCAGGAAGAGGAUUCUAGACCUCUGUCCCUGGGGAAGAGCCCUGGACCAUGCGUGGCUCAAGCCAGACUCUCCUGGGUGUCUGUCCUGACAGGCACAGGACUGUGACCUGCUACAAGAAAUAGCUGCUUCUGAAUACCGGGGCUGAAAAUCCCCAGGGGUCUAGGGAGCUGGGGGAGUAGUUUCCUAUGCCAGUUGCCAGGAAUCUUGGAGCCGCUCCUGGCAGGAGUGUGGGAGGCGGACACAGUCACUUAAAACCAGGCUGGCCGGCCACUGCCUCUUCCCAGGCCUGAGGACCCAGAGGGCUCAUUGAGCCCCAGAGAUGAAAGGCUUCCUCACAUUGGCUUGGCUCCUGGCUUACAGUGUGUCUGUCGUGACAGGGGGCUUGCUCGAACUGAAGUCCAUGAUCGAGGAGGUGACUGGAAAGAAUGCCCUGAUGGACUAUGGUUUCUAUGGCUGCUACUGUGGCCUGGGUGGCCACGGGGUCCCCAAGGAUCCCACUGAUUGGUGCUGUUGGAUGCAUGACCGUUGCUAUGGGAAGCUGGAGGAAGAAGGCUGUGACAUCCGAGCACAGUACUACACCUACCGAGUCAGACGGGGCCUGGUCACCUGCGACAUCGGGUCUCUGUGCCCAAUGCAGCUCUGCUCCUGUGACCAGAAGCUUGCCUAUUGCCUGAAGAGAAACCUGUGGAGCUACAACCCUAAUUACCAGUAUUUUCCCAACAUCUUCUGCUAUUAGUCUCCCUCAGUGAGCACUCACACACAGUGCCACCAUGGCAACUGCGGCCAUGCUCUGCUACACCCUGUAGGAUGCUCAGGCCCCAUUCUUUCUCCGAGUUCCAUUGGCCAGAAGAAGCCCCACUGCCAUGUGUCACUCUCUGGAGAAUCCCAAGAGAGUAACUCUGACCUAGGAUUUGGCAAGAUCCCAGGGACUCUGGGACUGCACUUUUGUGGUCAGCCUCUCAGGAGCCAGGCAGGGACAAAUUUCAUUUUCAGUUUCAGCAGUGAGAUUAUCACCACUCCCCUCCAGGGAAUUUUUCACUCAAGUAGAAGCAAAAUUGACUCCAUAAAUCUGCCACAUAGAUAUUAAAUAAAAUUCAUGCUCAAAGCUAAUAAAAACCACACAGCUACUUUCUCUGCUGUGGGGGUUUGCCCGGGGCUUUUUCUGCAGAGAGAGAAACCCUAAGCCCACAGUUAGUUGCAUUCACUCAGAGGGACAGUGACUAACAGAGGGAGGAUUUGAGGGAUGAGCUUCAGGCCUUCUCUUGAGCUCAUUUCCUUGAACCUCGGGUCCUCCAGGCCAAACACUGGUGGUCUCGCCUUUCCUCAGGAAGGUACGGGGAAGGUGACUGCAAGUCCUGCCAGCUUGGGUUUCUAGGCCAGAGAGGGCAACAUCGAAUCCCAGAUGGCUUCUCCUGUGCUGCAGUUUUGGCUCCAUCACUGAACUUCUCUGACUUUCAAUCUCUUUGAAAAAGACACUGUUCCUUGUAAGGGAAAGUGAGACUUCUAACAUCCGCCUUGACGUGGGUACAGGGGAUGCUGAGGUUCUGGGAUUUCAUUACACAAGAACUUUUUCUUAAAUCUAGGGUUCAACUGUGGGGUUUAUUUUUACCAAGUAAGGACACUUAAAUACCCAACUCAUCUAUCAGCUUACAAAAGGAAGGGCGUUCUGAUACCAAGACUACAGGCAGAAAGGUCAUAUUCCAAAACAAAAGAGAAUCCUUUCCAAGAAAGGAUAUUUGGCUUCUUUACGCUGACAAACCUAAAAAUAACUCCUAUGAUAAAUGGGAUCUAUACUUAAAAGCCUUCAGCAUUGAACAUUUUCUAAAUAAAAUUUAAUUAUGAGAUUACCCUGAA